UGUGUAGGUAACGCUGUAAAGCUCCAUAAAGUGCCGGGCCUUGUGCGAGAUUACACUUUGCACACUCCUAGUGCAGAUAGGACUAGAAAUACACUCUGAAAUUUAUAAUUUGACAACUUAAGUUGAGUUCAUUUAUCAAAAAUAACUGAUUUUUUGAUCAUAUUAUUUUGUAGUUAUAGUCAUUAUUAUUGACGUCAUUUAACAACACGAAUAAAAAAAGGAAUGAAUAUUUUAGAUGUUAAUCGUUUACGACAUUUUUUAUAGCAAGUUAAGUAAUAGGUAUUUCUAAAUGGAAUGAAUGUCUAUUGCGUACAUAUUUAUACUUUUGUCUUAAAAUUAUAUCUUUACUAAGCAGUUAUUCUUUCGCUCGCGAAAUAAUAAUUCUGCGAUAUUUUUGAAGUCUGCUUAACAGUAAUCCCUAUGGUGUUUAAUAUUAUCUAGUGAGGGCGCAACGGUCGCACCUACCAUCUGUCAUUUGGGUUCGAGGCGAUAGUGGUGCAAGAUACCGAGUUCUAUGACAAAGUAUCUACAAUUGUCCAUCAUAACAUUUGAGUCUGCUCACCACGGUAGUAUAUUUACGAAGGGUGUGUAUAACAUAUAACAUAUUUCACGUAGUACUCGUGAAAACAUAACAAUACUGAAUCAGGUAGUAUGUUGGCGGCAUUGAGAGCAACGAGAAGAUACUAUGUUGACUGAAGUGUAGUCGACUACGUUGGAUCGACAUACUGGUUCUGUGCAUCUCGUCGAUACUUUCUAUCGGAUUUACUUUCUAAAUAGUGUAACUGGGUCGUCUCAAAUAAUGUACGAACACAGCAACUUAGCCGUAAAACUCAAGUCGUGUUCUUGUCCCACUCUAAUCAACAACACGUGUCACUCUUUUGGUAGUCUGUCAAGAUUAAUAAUAUUGUUGGAUAUUAUUAUUUUAUGGAUACUUCUUCGGUGAACUUGGAUACUGCUAUCACUGACAUGGAUAAUGUUAAACGGCGGGUAAAAUUAAUUAUGGAUGAGGGAUCCCUUAUAACUGUUGACAGAAAACGACCCGAACAUCUACCUGAAUGGUUCAAUGAACAGUUAUUCACUAGAGCUCAAAAGUAUUUUUUUGCUAAUUUCUAUUCUAUGUUUGUUGGAAAACUCAUGGGUCUGAUUUUAGUAUUAACUGUGCCUUCUAUAUUGGAAGUACUUGUACUAACUAAUAAAUCAUCAGAUUCAUACAACGCAUUUAAACGAUACAAGGACACUAUUAGGCAUAUGAUUAGGUGGUAUGGAUAUGACGUAAAAGAUUUAAAAUCAAAAUCUCAAAAAUCUGUAAUUACUGUACAUGGCUUCCACUGUUCUGCUAGUAAAUUGUCUGAAAAAUAUGGUUUAGGUGUUAGGGUCUCUCAAAAAGAUAUGGCUCUCACUCAAUUUGGUUUCAUGGGCAUGAUAAUAAUUAGAAAAUCAGAAUUAUGUAUUGUUGGUACUGAAGAAGAUGAAUUUGCUAUGGUUCAUUUCUGGCGUACUAUAGGGUACAUGCUUGGUAUACAUGAUAAAUUUAACUUAUGUCAAGGCACUUUAGAAGAGGUUCGAUGUGCAUGUGCUAUAAUUAUGGAUGAAGUGUAUGCUCCAGGCUUGAGACAACCUCCUAAAGGAUUUCAACCAAUGUUUGAAGCACUUAUAGAUGGUCUAAAACCAGUGUCGCCUGUACUAGAUGUAAAUGCAUUUUUAAGAUAUACCCAGGAUUUGUGUGGGGUGUCUUCUAGUGAAAAAGAACCUUAUAUGAAUUCAUGGUUCAGUCAAUUAUGGAUCAAUGUGAAAUUUCCCUUUGGAGCUGCUCUUAAAUACGGUACCAAAGUUUUUGUGAAAGAUCAGCCUGCAUUACCUCACCCUGUUAUUUAGGGUGCAUAUUUCAAUAGUUUAAUGUACAUAUUUUAUUUGUUGUAUAAUUGAAAUUAUUUAGGAGAGUCUAUUCAAAAUAAUAAACAAUUUGGUUAAUAAACACAAUGAAUAAAGAAAUAAAAUAUAUCUUAUAAAGUUAGUUCUCGAGCAAAC